AUGGACGGGCAGAAGCUUGCUAGCCUGCUCCAAGAGAGCCAAAUACCGGACACAACAAGACUCAAGGCGAUUACCGCCGAGCUUCAAAAGAGCUAUUAUGCGCACCCAGAGUCUUUGUUGCUGCUCAUUGAAAUUGUCUGCACGAACAGCGAUGUUGGCGUCAGGCAGCAGGCGGCCGUUCAGGCCUCUAGACUGGUGCCAAAGCACUGGCCUUCUGCUUCGGCAGACCAGAAAAAGGCAGUUCGCGAGCACCUGAUGGACGCCACUUUAAAGGAGCAAAAUGCCAAGUGCCGCCACUCGGACGCGCAUCUUGUUGCUGCCAUUGCGACACAUGAUUUUGACGACGGUGAAUGGCCUGAGUUGCUCCCUGCACUCUUCACGCUUGCUACAAGCAGCGAUGUCUCACAGCGCGAGAUCGGUUCCUACAUUAUGUACAGCACUGUGGAGGCGAACCCUGUGAUCUACAAGGACCACGUCAAAAAGCUUCUUCAGCUCUUUGGUCAGCUUAUCAAGGACCCCAGCAGUGCAGAUGUCCAAAUCAAUGCAGUCAUGUCCAUUGGCGCUUUGCUUGUUCUUAUUGAGGGCGACGAAGAGGAAGAUGAGGAGGCCGUUGGCGGUGUUCGGGACUUGGUUCCGCUCAUGGGCAUUGUGCUCAAAAACUCCGUUGACGCUGGUGACGACGAAAAGAUUCAGCAAGUCUUCGAUGUCCUCCAGCAGUUCCUAGUUUUCAGUCCCGCUUUUAUCGGCAAUCAUCUCAAGAGCCUUCUUCAGUUUAUGAUCGACCUCGCCGCAAAUACAGAAGCUGAUGAGGACGUUCGUGUUCAGGCUCUUUCUUUCCUGACCCAGACUGUUCACUACCGUCGCCUAAAGAUUCAGGCCAUGCGCGAUAUGGCUGCGCAGCUCGUUGUCAAGGGAAUGCAGAUCUUGACAGAGAUCGGUGACGAUGAAUCGCUCGAUGACGAAACACCGGGUCAUGUUGCUCUGAGCCUUCUUGAUGCUCUAGCUAGCGAGCUCCCCCCUCGCCAGGUGCUUGUUCCCCUACUCGACGAGUUUCCCAAGUACGCUUCGUCGGCAGAUCCGGCCUUGCGCAAAGCUGGCAUACUGGCCCUGGGCAAUUGCGCCGAGGGCGCCCCGGACUUCGUCAACACCCAGCUGAAGACGAUCCUUCCUAUCGUCAUUCAGCUCUUGAACGACCCAGACGGCACUGUGCGCCAUGCCUCUUUGGUCGGCCUCACGGGUUUGGCCGAAGAAAUGCCCGAUGACAUUGCUAUUGAGCACAAAGAAAUCAUGGCUGCCCUUUCCAGAAAUCUACAGGCUGCCAUGAUUCCGACCCAGGAUGAGCAAGUUGCCAAAAAGAAUGGCCAGGUUAUUCGUGCCGUCUGCUCUGCAUUUGACUCUGUGUCUAAUGGCCUCAAGUCCGAUGUGAUGAAGGAGUAUGCGCUCCUGAUGAUCGAACCUAUCGGGCAACUCUUCAGCCACCCAGAUACGCGUGUGAAGAUCGCGGCAGCCGGCGCAUUUGGAGCGAUUGCAGAAUCACUCGAGAAAGAGUUCGUGCCAUACUUUGAAAAGAGCAUGCAGGCCCUUGGCUCCUUUGUCACUGUGACGGGUGAGGAUAUGGAGCUACAACUUCGCAGUGCCGUUCUCGACUCCAUUGGUCGCAUCGCUGUUGCUGUCGGCGCACAACCGUUUCAGCCGUACGUGGUGGACCUCAUGCGGGCCAGCGAGGAGAAUCUCAGUCUGGAUGAUGAUCGGUUGAAGGAGAGUAGCUUCAUCUUCUGGUCGUCUCUGGCUAAGGUGUAUGGGCGUGAAUUCAAACCUUUCCUUCCAGGUGUCUUCAAGGCCCUGCUCGACGCGUUGGAUGGUGAUGAUGAAGAAGAUGUUGUCCUUCAGCUCACGGAAGAGGAGAAAGCCAUCAUUGCUUCUGGGGGCUCCACCAGUGGCAAGAAGCUGAACAUCGACGAUCUCGACAUCGACGAUCUGGAAGAUCUGAUGGACGACGAAGACGACGACGAUGAUUGGGCUGGUAUGGACAGCGAAGCCGAGGAAAAGGAAGUCGCAGUUGAGGUGCUUGGUGACGUCAUCACCAACGCGUGUGGCGAAGAGGAAAUGCAGGAAUACCUCGAGAAGGCAGUUAGCAUUGCCAAGGACCUUAUGGAGCACCACCACAGCGGUGUUCGUAAGGCUGCUAUGGGCAUGCUUUGGCGAUCGUAUGCCCGGGUCUGGCAGCUGACUGCGGAAUCGACCGGUUUGAAAUGGCAACCCGGCUUCCCGCCUGCACAGACUCCAACGCCGCUACUUUCCAAGUUGGCGGAUUUGGUUACGAAGCCGACCCUUGAGCUUUGGCAGGAUGAAAUUGAACGGGACGUGGUAACGGAUAUCAACCGCAAUGUUGCUGCGACUCUGGAAACAUGCGGUCCUGCUAUUAUUGCCCAGGAAAACGCAAUACAGGAAAUUGUCACCGUUUUGGGACAAAUUAUCACUCGGGCGCACCCGUGCCAACAAGAUGUGGGUGACGAGGAAGAUGCGCAGAACGCCGAGGAGAGUUCAGAGUACGACUGGCUCGUCGUCGAAACGGCUCUUGACGUUGUGAUGGCGUUAGCGACUGCCAUCGGACCGACGUUUGGUGAGCUGUGGAAAAUCUUUGAGAAGCCUAUCAUGAAAAUUGCCAGCUCAAAUGAGUCCUAUGAGCGAUCCUCAGCUGUCGGCACUAUCGGCGGCUGCACCGAGAGCAUGGGUUCCACUGUUACACCGUACACCAGCACACUGCUGAAACUCAUUGUGCAUCGGCUGAACGACGAAGACCUCGAGACGAAGAGCAAUGCCGCUUAUGCAAUCGGUCAACUCAUCAGCAACUCGACGGAUAGCAAAACAUAUCUUUCCAGCUUUCCCAUUGUUUUGGAAAAGCUGGAACAGCUGCUUGCUCUUGAUGACACUGGCCACCGAAUUCACGACAACGCAGCGGCGGCUGUAUGCCGGCUGAUCACAGCUCACCCUGACGUUGUUCCCAUUGCCGAGUACCUGCCCUCUGUUGUCCAGCGUCUUCCUCUCACGGAGGAUUACGAAGAAAACAAGCCCAUCUACACGUGCAUCUAUCAUCUGUAUGAUCAUAAUGAGCCGACUGUUCAACAGCUCACACCACAGCUGAUUCCAGUUUUUGAACAAGUUCUCUCUCCCCCGGAGGACCAGCUAGAGAAGGAAACCCGAGAGCUGGUUCAGCGAACCGUGCAGGCUUUGCACAAAGCAAGGCCUGAGCUCUUUCAAGGCCGCGAAAGUCUGCUGAAGCUAUCAGGUGCAGCUUGA